ACGAGAAGCUGAUUUGGAUGAUAUUCUUCGUUGAUAAUUAUCAAGUAUUAGUCUAAUUUCAAAGCCCAUAUUAUCGUUUUUUGCCUUGCCAAAGAUCUGAAACUGGACUAGUUAAUUACCUAUAGUGUUUGUGGAUUAGUAUAUGGUUUGYGUUUGGAUCCAUAUCAUUUUCAUGGAGGAAUGAGUAUGUAGGUCAAUAUUGAAGCAAUCUGACCAAAAUGGAUCUUUUACAAUGCGUUAGACAUAAACACAUGUCUAAUAAGCACCGAACGGAUGAUUGAUACCACCCAGAAUUGGCAGCUUAUGCCGUAAUGUGCAAGAGAAAGUUGACACCAAAUUAUGACCUCUGAAAAACGUCGCCGGAUGUGACUGUUGGCAAUAUUCGGGCAACAUAUAAAAAGCCCCAAAGAGGGAGCCAGAAAUCUUCGAAACAACCUCGAUGAAGCCAAAGUAGGUUAUUAAUUUCAAAGCAAUGAUCAGUCGUAGAGUCUCCAAAGCCAAAGCCCUUGUGGUUUUCGGCGUUAUUAAUUUGGUUCUAAUUUUGGCUGUCAUCAAAUUCUACAAGCUAUCGGUUAUAAUAUCACUCAAAGGAAAGAGUUUUCCAGAAACACGUAGAAUAUUGUUGGCUCGGGAUACUAAUAAAAAAAGUUGUGUACCAAAGAAGAACGUCGUCUUUAUCAAAACCCACAAAACCGGAAGCAGUACGAUCACGAAUAUCCUUAGUCGCUAUGGCGACCGAAACARCUUUGCAUUCGCGCUCCCAAAAGACGGACAUAACCGUCUCGGCUGGCCCUGGUUUUUAAAGCUUGAUCACGUGUUGCAUUACAACAAUACCAAGCCCAAUAUACUCAGCAGUCAUUCAAGGUAUAACCGAGCUGUCCUGGAACAACUGAUGCCUAAUGAUACCGUUUACGUGACAAUAUUGCGUGACCCGGUAACGCAAUUCGAAUCGACGUUUUCAUAUAUGGGAUUUGGGAAGCUUUUGGGAAUAACAAACAAGUCGGAUCCUCUUGUUGCAUUUUUCGAGAACCCGAAAGAAAUCCUUGUGAAUUAUUUACUAACACAAGACUUGAGGAUUUAUAGUGACAGACUCAAGCUUAUAAGGAAUGGUAUGUUUUUUGAUCUCGGGCUAGAGCCUAAAGACUUCGAGAACAAAGAUAAAAUAGAUAAAUCUAUAAAAAACUUGAAUUCCCAGUUUCAUCUYGUCAUGUUGAUGGAACACUUCGACGAGUCACUUGUUCUUCUGAAACGGCUUUUGUGCUGGGACAUCAACGAUAUGAUUUACUUCCACUUAAACGAACGACACACUUCGCAAAAGAGAACGCAUUUUUCUAAUAGUUUAAUCGAUAAGAUUCGAAAUUGGAGCUUUGCGGAUGUGAAGUUGUACGAACACUUUCGUAAAGUUCUGAUCGACAAAUUGUCUCUUCAAGACGAGGAUUUUAACAACGAAGUAAAAAGUUUACAGUUUCGGAAUUUCUACCUCAAGCACUCGUGUUUAACCGAAAACGACGAUGCUACAACCCAAGGCUUUUAUGAUGCAAAUGUUAGAACGUUCACUAUUCGACAGCAUAUUACAUCAGCUUUACGAAGAACUUGUGAUCGAAUGUUGUGGGAUGAAAUCAAAUAUUUGAAGUACCUCAAAAAAAAGCAAGAUGAGAUGCUUCGUACAAAGACGUCGUGGUUGGAUAGCGUUCCAGUGUACAAGUGGUUUACCUCAACUAUAUUUAGUUGAUAACGUUAAAAUUCGCCAUUUUCACAUUCCCAAUAAUACAUUGCGGUUUUGGGAGAGGGAAAAAUCCRCAGUUAUAUUGUUGAAGAUUAAUCAAAAUGUCCCCUUAAACAGUCACAGAAUGCACUGGAAUGCCAACUUUCAAGUUUACGUUCGAUUGAAGAACGUUCUUGACAUCACAUUCUUUUGACCGGUUACCACUCAAAAACCAAAAUCAUUAUGGGGAGAAUGGCGCAGCGGAAUUUAUUCACGGAACUGCUAAAUUCUGUCACAAAAUAUUAAUUCAAACUUUGUAGAUGUCCUUUUCUAAUAUUAACCUCAUACUUUGUACUUAGGUUGUUCUUUGGUUGUUGUACAGUCUAAGUCUAUAUAUUUGUUUUAUUUUUAAACUGAGAAACCUUAGAAAAUUUCGAAAUUAUAGUUUAAUGGUAUGUUUUAUACUUUUAGUCAUUUUAAAUUUCUUUUAAGAAUAAAUUUAGGGUUAAAGAGGGAAGGGAGAGACAAUGGGAAUAUCGUUACAGACUGGAAGAAAGCAUGAAAUUUGAUUCAAAGUUAACUUUGGCCAUGUAGACCAUAUUUAGAAGGGGUGCCACGAGGUCUGCUGUCCUGGGAGGUAUUUUCAGUUGUCUUUCGGAAGGGUAGUAACAAAGAAUCGGCUAUGAUGGAAGACAUAUACACAUAUGACCCACCCCUCCCCAUGUAAAACCAAUUUGUCUCCCCCUGAUUUAGAAUUCGCUGCACCCCUCUUGAAUUUGUUUCAAGCGACAUUAGGACACUUUGUACCAAUUUUGGUGCUUUCUUCCGGAUUGUAACAAUCUAGGCAUUAAGUAACCUCACUAUCAGUAAUAAGUGCUUGUAUGAUCACGAAGAUGUCGGAAACAAAAAGUUUUUAAGAGAAAUGUCGUGGAAACGCCUUGACUUAUUUUGUCAAGACGACCAUUCCACUUUCGUAUGACUGUGAAAAGCUCAGUGACGUAAGCGUGCCGUGCUGUGACCGUGAUGUUUUCUAGAAUUUUGAUUGGCUGAUUUUUUU